UGUUUUUAUCGGUUUAUCCUGUAUAAAUAGUAGGUAAUUUUUUCUAUGGAUACGUAUUAACAAUUUAUUCGUUCGAAUUCACUCCUAAGAUGAAGACAUCAUAUUUUUGUGUUCUCCUAAUGUCGGUAUUAGUAGCCCAGAUUUCAUCUGAGGAGAUUUCUGAGCUUGAUAGAACGGCAAUGAGCUUAAUAUAUUCUUUGGUUGACAUUGUAGAAAUACCAUAUAGAAAAUUUGAAAAUGUUUUAAAUCCAUCGGUAGCUGGUGAAAAAAAAGAACCAUUUUUAAAAGAUGUCCUAGCCAAACUUAAUCAGAAAAAAGAAGAAAUCGAAAAGACCUACUUGGAAUCACUAUCACCGGAAUUAAGAGAAUUCAAAAAGAAGAAAUUAAUCGAGUAUGCCAAUAAUUCGCAAAGAAUAGCUAACUCAAUUCGGGAUACUAGUAAAGCAGCCAGGUUGAUGAUAAAUACAUAUUUCAAUACCCUACCAAAAAAUGUCCAGAACAAAAUAAUUGAUUUGGGAAAAGAUCUUAAUAAUAUUUUACAUAAAAUAAAGGCAUAAUUCAAAAAUGAAUCUCCUGCUGAAGAAAAUACAUAACUCAUCUUGAUCAAAAUUCAAAAGUAUUUGUAAGAACCAACAAAUCAUGUCGUCAAUAUUAUAGAAUCUUUUUAAACUAGGUACCUAUACCACCUACGACUAAUGAUUAUGGAUUCAUAAUUUUAUUUUUUAUUAUUGUUUUAUUUAUUUAACUAUGUAUAUUUUCAUCUAACCUUCUUCAUCGUUUAUAAUGAACUCAAAACAUUAAAACAACACCACUAUUAUAUUGUAAUAUGUAUGUAGUUUAUUAAUACAUAUUUAUAAUUAUUAAAUUAUAACUUGUACACAUAAUAUGAUAUAUCUUAAUAACUAAAAUAUUUUUUAAUAAAAUAUAAUAACAUAUUUAUA